AGAAGAAUGAGGAGGCGGAAGCGAAGAAGAAGAAGAAGUUAAAUGAUUUGGCGCCGCGGCUGCCGCUGAGCUAGCCGCUAAGCUAGCCGCUGCUGUAGCCUCCUCUGUCCGCCAUGGAAGAACUUUUUAACAAAGUCUUGCUGGUUCACUUGAAGCACAAGGACUGCGAGGAGAGAAAAGCAAAUGUCCGAGUCACCGUAGAGCUGACCACGACCCCGGUCCACCGCAGGGACCUUCUAGUGAAGCUGACGGACGACGCAGACCCCUUCUUCCUCUUCACCCUGCCCGUAUCAGAGGAGGAUUAUCAAAGCCUGAAGGUGCAGCAGGGCCUGCUCAUCGACUUUGCAUCAUUUCCUCAGAAGUUCAUAGACCUGCUGAACCUGUGCAACGCCGAGCCAGACGCCGACAACCCCAGGUUCCUCCUGCAGCUGACCUGCCAGCCUGUCAUGGAGGAGAGCAGCGCCACCUUCAGCGUGGUGGAGAUGAACGCUUUCAAGCACCUGAACCACCUGUCGCUGAGGCUCCUCCAAGGCUCAGACAGAGAAGUCAAGGACUACCUGGCUGCACGCCUGUCCUCUCUGAAGGCAGAGAAGCUGGCCUUAGACGUGAAGCUGAAGGAGACUGAGGAGGAUCUGUCCCGGAAGCUAAGCUACACUCAGCAGACGCUGUCAGAGAAGACCAAAGAGCUGGAGAAGCUGCGCUCAGAAUGGACCAAUCACAGCAGCUCUCUGUCCAGCCGCCAUUCUGGGGAGCUGCAGUCACAGAGGGAGAAGAUCCUGGAGUUACAGAGCAGAUUCCAGCAGGAGACGGAGCAGCUGCGCCAGGAGCUGGAGAGCGCUAAUAAGAAGAACUGUCAGCAGCUGCAAAGCAAAGUGGGCGAGCUGGAGAGCUCCUGCAGGGAGCUGACGGAGAGGAGAUACAAGAAUGAAUCCUUCAUCCGAGACCUAAAAAUGAAGCUUAGCGGCUCAGAGGAGGAAUGUCAGCGCCUAAAGCAGCAGGUCCUAAAUCUGAGGAGGGAGAACGGCUCUCUGGACUCAGAGAUCCAUGAAAAGGAGCGUGCAGUCAGCCAGCUGCAGGUCCGAGUGGCCGUCCUGGAGCAGGAGGUCAAGGAUAAGGAGAUGGUGAUAUGCCGCACCAAGGAGGUGCUGGAGGCCACUCAGCAGCAGAAGGACUCAGUGGAGGAGACGGCAGCAAACAGAGAGCUGCAGAUGAGGAAACUGGAAUCAACAGUGAAAUCUCUGUCAGAGGAGCUGCUGAAGGCUAACGGGAUAAUCCAGAAACUCCAAGGAGAAGUUCGAGGACUGGUUGGAAAAGUGAAGGUGAAGAACACAGUGACUGUUUCACAGGAGAAGGUUCUACGAGAGACCGAGGCAAAGCUGCAGAGCGUUGACAAGGACCUGCAGACUGCUCAGAGGGAGGUCUGCUCUAAGGAGGAGGAGAUCAAACAACUGAAGGAGCAGUUGGAGGUGACGGUUCAGAAGCUGAAUGAAAGCAAAGAAGUAUUAAAAACCAACGAAAAUGUCAUCAACUGGCUGAACAAGCAGCUCAAUGAGGCCGAGCUGACCAGAAAGAUGGCGUCUGCUGAGGCGUCCGACGCUCACUCUGGAUUCUCCGCAUUAACAGGAAUCCGGGCCCAGUUUUAUCCUCCGCCUGGUAAAACCACAGACGUCUCUCCCACUGAGCGCGGCGCCGGGCCCACUGUCAGCAGACAGCUGUGAGUUUCUGCAUCAACGCCAUUUAUUCCGUUACUAUGAACACAUGAUGCUGCAUCAGCUGUCUGCCAGUAAUGAGGAACAGCAAUAAAGUUAAUGUUUAGCACUGAUCCUCCAUGCCUGUCAGGGGAUUCUGCCCACCCUUAAAUCCACAGGAAGAACAAGAAGAGUGGCUGAUCCAGGUUAUCUGGAUCCUGCUGUUUGUCAUCCAGUGAUUGGAACCUCAGACGGUUCAGUCCUCUUGGGUUAAAGCCAUGGAUGUCCGGCUGAAACUGGAUCCACCGUCUGACUGGACGACCUGCAGCUCUGUUCCAGUCUUGGUGUCCUUGGGAAAUAAAGCUGCUGUUGGCGACCAGAGGGCCGCCAUCGGGGGACGGAUGAUGGGAUGGAGCUCUGGGUCCCUAAACUGGACUGAGGAUGAAACGUGUCCAUGAUGCCGAUCAAACAUCUUCUAGCUUCAUGUUUUCCUGACGUUGCCUUCAGGGACCUGAAUGUCUGAGCAGCAGCAGCUCCGCCUCAGAUGAUGAAACAGA